AUGGUUUCUCCUGCCUAUGAAAGCGACGGACUGUCAAGCAGAAUUCCUGGAACCGUUCACCUGGUUGAUUUGCACCACACUCUUCACACUCGACAUGCCGAAGGAGGAGAUAUCGUUCUCGAUCCCACACCUUCAAAGGAUCCAAACGAUCCCCUUAACUGGACCCCGAGACGGAAGCUCCUUUCCAGUAUUUGUGCUAACCUAUAUACUUGGUUCACUGGCGUUGCCGUUUCGACGGUAUAUUCCGUUCUCGUGCCCAUCUCCAAAGCUACCGGUGUCAGCAUCACGACUUUGAAUCAGGGUACAGGUUACAUGUUUCUUUUUCUUGGCUGGAGUCUGCUUUUCUGGCAGCCAUUUGCGCUAAGGUAUGGCAAGCGUCUUACCUUUCUCAUCUCGGUCUUGGGCGCCAUUGGAACUAGCAUCUGGAGCCCUUAUGUCCGUAGUGACGGAGAGUGGAUUGCAAGAUGUAUCGUUAUGGGCUUCUUCAUUGCGCCAAUCGAAGCGCUACCAGAGAUCUCGGUCACUGAUAUAUACUUCACUCACCAACGGGGUACCUGGAUGGGCGUCUACGCAUUCAGUCUUGCUGGUAGCAACUACUUUACCCCAGUGAUAUGUGGGUUCAUUGCGGACAAGCAGGGUUGGGCAUGGGUGUUUUACUGGGCCGCCAUAUUUAAUGGUGCUACGUUCAUCUUCCUGUUUCUCUUCCAAGAAGAGACAAACUAUACACGUAAAACGGUAGGCAUCGUUGAGGACAUCGGAACAUCGCCAGGCGAGAGUGCCAUAAUCGAAACGGAUCUAGAGAAGAGCCCAACUUGUCCUGCGGCCCAAGCAAUCCAAUCAAGAACGCAGGAAGGCGACAUACACAACGGUGAAAAGUCCUUUGUUCAGAAAUUGUCGAUAUUGAGCCGAACUGCAGGUCCAACUGUAUUUCAACGCGCUUUGCGAAGCCUAAAAUACUUUUCCUGGCCAGUCAUUUUCUACGCAGGCUUCUCUUACGGGUCCGGCUUGAUCUGGUUCAACAUAACGAAUGCCACGGCAUCGGUUAUUCUGUCCAGCCCACCAUACAACUUCUCGUCUUCGAUGGUUGGCCUUAGCUACCUUUCAUGCUGUGUUGGCGUGGUCGUUGGUAGCUUAAUCUCAGGGAGAUUUAGCGACUGGUUGACAAUCAAGCUUGCGAGGCGAAACGAUGGCUUUAUGGAGGCGGAGCAUCGCUUGUGGCCAUUCGUUCUCUGUGUCGUUCUGAUUCCUGGGGCAUCGAUUCUUUGGGGAGUUGGGGCCUCAUACUCGAUCCACUGGGUCGGGCUUGUUGUCGCCAUGGGUAUAUUGGCCAUGACAACUACCAUGGGUGUGUCUUUGAGCGUCAAUUAUUUGAUCGACAGCUAUCACGACAUCAGUACAGAUGCUCUCGUCACGGUGAUUCUUGUGCGCAACACUAUGUCCUUUGCGGUCAGUUAUGGGUGA